GUGAAAUGGGUAGUAUGUAGUUCGAUUUGGGCCGAUCCAUUUAUCCCACCGUCGCAACCUCUCUCUCUCUCUCUCUCUCUCUCUCUCACAGACACACACAGUUUGAGAAUUCAAUUGGAUUUCUGCUGAUUCAAUUGAAUUUGAGCUAACUUCAAAUCCAUAGGCAGUAAUCACAAUUGAUGUCAAAGAAAAUGUCAGCAUUUCUGCAUCAGAGGCCACUCUACUCCCCAUCACCGGAAUCUUACGAUUUGUCCCCUAGAUCCCGCGAAGAUCACCAAAAAACCUCCGCCGCCGCCGCCUUCCUCAGCCGCGGCCCAGCAUUGGUCGUCCUCCUCCUCUCGCUGCUCAUAAUCGUCGGCGUAGUGUUUCCCUACGUACAGUCCCCCAGUCCCCUCGUUUUCUUCACUACCAGGAGCUCCGAUUCCAAGUGGCGGAGCUACACGCUCUCCGAUGCGGCCGCCUACGUGGCGAAGAACAACUCGCUGAUUGUCUGCGCCGUCAGCGAGGCGUAUUUGUCGUUCCUGAACAACUGGCUGAUCAGCAUCACGCGGCAGAAGCAUCACGAGAAAGUUUUGGUGAUUGCUGAGGAUUACGCUACGCUUUUCAAGGUGAAUGAGCGGUGGCCAGGGCACGCGGUGUUGGUGCCUCCGGCGUUGGAGGCGGCGGCUCCUCAUAAGUUUGGUUCUCAGGGCUUCUUCAAUUUUACAGCUAGAAGGCCCCAACAUCUCCUGCAAAUUUUGGAACUUGGCUAUAACGUUAUGUACAAUGAUGUUGAUAUGGUUUGGUUGGCAGAUCCAUUUCCAUAUCUUAAGGGCAAGCAUGAUGUGUACUUCAUGGAUGACAUGGCUUAUGUGAAACCUCUUAAUCAUUCUCAUGAUUUGCCGCCUCCAGGAAAAAAGGGUCGUACGUACAUCUGUAGCUGCUUGAUUUAUCUGCGCCCUACCGUUGGAGCAAAAUUACUUAUGAGGAAGUGGAUUGAAGAACUACAGGACCAGCCUUGGUCUAGGGCAAAGAAAGCCAAUGAUCAGCCUGCCUUUAAUUGGGCAUUGAAUAAAACUGCUGGGCAGGUGGAUGUUUACCUGCUGCCUCAAAAAGCGUUCCCCACCGGUGGUUUGUACUUCAAGAACAAGACAUGGGCGCGUGAAACCAAAGGGAUGCACGUAAUCAUUCACAACAACUACAUACUUGGUUUCGAGAAGAAGACCCAGCGAUUUCGCGACUAUGGUCUCUGGUUGGUCGAUGAACACGCUGGUGAGUCCCCACUCGGCAGGUUAUAGUCAAGUGAGCUUGUCUCAUGCUACACGUAGCACAUUUAGCAGAACCGAGCUCGCCUAUAUGAACGGCUUGAAUUCUGUCGUUGCGCAAUAGAGAAGCCGAGGAUCUGAAAGAUUGUGAGGCCAAAGCUCGCAGAUUGCUCCAAGAAGUUUUCCCCUUGUGCGUUGUUUGUGUGUGUUUUCAUCGGCAAUGCAUAGUGUAACCUUAGCUUUCUUGUUCAUUAACAAGAUGCAUUUUAUCAGAUAUACAAAGCAUUUAAAUUUUUAGCACAGAUGUAAGAUUCUUUCAAAUUCUGUCUGCAACAUUUUUGGGGAGAAAUAUCUGAAAUGUCACAAAUUAUUCAUUUA